CACUUCUGUCUGCCUUCGUGCUUAAAUUGACUGAGUAGGCAUCGUGAUGAGUAGAACCCGCUGGAGGCUUCUGGAGGAGCCUCGAUGACUUUUUCGUGGUUUGUGCUAACAUCGUUGUAGGUGAUCAACUAUGGCCCCUUUUGAAGAUAUGUCUGCUGUUGAGAAGGAAGAGUUCGCUAUUUCUCUUGCCGUGCUGCUGUGUGCUGAUGCCAAGGUGGAGGUUACCAAGGAGAACCUCGACAAGGUCGUGAAGGCUGCUGGUCUUACCAUUGCUCCCUACUGGUCUACCGUGUUCGGAUCCAACAUGGCCGAUAAGGACGUUAUGGACAUGUUGGCUGCUCCUGGUGUUGGUGCCGCUGCCCCUGCCGCUGCUGCCCCUGCCGCUUCUGAGGAGAAGAAGGAGGAGGAGGCGAAGGAGGAAGAGGAAGAGGAGGAAGAGGACAUCGACAUGAGUGGAGGUGGUCUCUUCGGUGAUGACGACGAUGACUGGUAAACGGCGCUCUUCAUCUGGUGCU